AUGGCAAUUAGUAAGACCCGUGUAGGAGCUCCGAUAUCCGCCAAACCUAAAAAGUCAGAUGGGGACCAAUUCCUUCUGGCAAGAGGUUUAUCGGCACGGUACACCGGUGCCAACACUCCCCUCGUCGGCUUGACUUCCGAAGAAAUGGAGCGUGAUAUCCGUCACAUGGAAGCCUUUUCCAAUGCCUGCACGGCAUAUUCCCAGCAAUUCUACAUUUCUCAGAAUUCAAAUGACGGUGUUGAAGAUGGCAAGAGUACCAAAGCACUUGCAUCGCCUCCGAUUAUUGCGAUGCCAGUUCGCAUUGAUCCAGAGGAAGAGAAACGUCUCACCAAUUUGAGACAGAAGAUUCAACAAUGUGAAGCCCAGAGAGAGAUUAUGGAAUCACAGUAUUUGAGCUUGCGUGCACAUUAUGUGUACCUCUCAAAGAAGCUGAAAGCUUAUCGUGGUACCGUCAGCGGACAUGUUAAGUUCCUUCAAGAACAAGUUCAGAAGAGGGGCAAGUUGGUGGCAUUACAACGGGCACGACUUCAGAUUGCUCGUGAGGUAUUAGCUGCCUUGAUUCAUCGCCAAAGACUGACCAUAAGCGAGGCUGACGAUUCAACGGACCUGGUGGAAGUCUGGAACAAAAUUGAAGAGAAGUUCAAGAAGGCUGAAAAGGAUUGCCGUUCCUCAGGACUAGAAUCCUGGCAUGCAAUGAAGGUUCCUCAGGUUCCACCUGGGGUUCCACUCAUGCUCUCGCAGCUUGCAAAGCAGCCUGCACUUGCUAGUGCAUGGUCUGCUGGAGGUAUGUUUGGAUCUAAUAAAGAUACCAUGUGUUGGUUGGAACCUUUGGUGCCUCAGAACAAGGAUAAAUCGGAGCUAGUAGAAGAGUUACCUAAACUCAGAAAGAAAGUACAGGUGUUGCGUGAAAACUUGUAUAUGGAGGACGACAAGAGCAAAAGUUUUCAAACCGAGAUCAUAUCUUGUCGCAAGAAGAAUGACGAGUUGGUCGCGAUGAUGGCACUGUUACGAACAGAAACAGAGGCUGUUGUUGCCCGCCAUAAUAUUAUUCUGCAAAGUGAGGCGGCCAGGGAAGCUGCCGGUAAGCAACUCUCCGAAGAAGAAGUUGCAAACGGUGGGAACGAUGAGAAGGAUUCAGUUGUUGGUGAAAGUGCGGAAGAUGGAAACGCUGGAAAUGAAGUCCCUUUGGCAAGUAAAUCGGAAGACCCUGAGAGCUAUGGAGACGAUGAACGCGGUGCAGAAGAUGAAGAAGAGAUUGGGGGAUCAAAGCGCGCAUUAGAUGGGGAAAAUGGGUCUCCACGAAGCAAACGGAGAAAAUUGUAA